AUGCUGAAGCCCGCGGUGGUCAUCGACAGCGGCAGCCGCUUCACGCGGGGCGGCUUCGCAGGCCAGGAGCAGCCCCAGUGCGUGCUGAGGACGCUGCUGCCCUGCAGUCUGGGCACCCCCUGGGACCCCUGGCAGCCCCGCCCUGGCACGGAGAGCCCGCGCUGCUCGACCCCGGCCCCGCGGCGCUGCCCGCUCAGGUACGGCCUGGUUGAGGACUGGCACAGCAUGAGAACCCUGUGGGACCACCUGAUCUGCUGCUGCCUCAAGGUGUCCCCAGAGGAGCACCCGGUGCUGCUGGCAGAGUCCCCAUCCUGCCCUGGCACCGACAGGGUGAAGGCGGCCGAGGUGCUGUUCGAGGGCCUGGGGGUGCCCGCGCUGCACCUGGCCAACACCGGGUUCCUGUCGCUCUGUGCCCACGGCAGGGUCACGGGGCUGGCUGUGGAGGCCGGGGCGGCCGUGUCCCAUGUCACCUCUGUCUGGGGGGGCCAGACCCUGAGGAAGGGCACCCGCAGCCUGAGGGUGGCCGGGGAUCACCUGUCCAGGUACCUGCAGCAGCUGCUGCUGCAGCAGAGCCACACGGAGCCCUCGGGGCUGCAGGCCCUGACGAAGAAGGUGCUGACCCAGCUGAAGGAGCAGUGCUGCUACGUGUCCCUGGACUAUGAGGGAGACCUCCAGGAGGAGGGAUCCCAUCAUCCAGCCAGAUUCCAGACCCCUGACGGGCGCUGGAUCACCCUGGGCAAGGAGCGCUUCUGCUGCCCCGAGCCGCUGUUCCGGCCCGAGCUGCUGCAGCUCAGCUGCCCCGGCCUGCACCAGCUGGCCUGGCAGAGCCUGCACACCGUGCCCCAGCAGGCCAGGAGAUAUGUGCUGGGCAACAUCGUGCUCUCAGGGGGCUCCUCCAUGUUCCCUGGCUUUCCUGAGAGGAUGUGCUUGGAGCUGAACCUGCUGUUCCGAGGAGCAGGAGUGCACAUCGAGGUGCUGGCCAGCCCCAAGAGGGCCACGGCAGCCUGGGCUGGGGGCUCCAUGGCAGCCUCGCUCACCUCCUUCCAGCACACCUGGAUGACAAAGGGAGAGUACCAGGAGCACGGGGCCCAGUAUGUGCACACAAAAUUCCAGUAG